AUGGCCAUCUAUUCAUGGAUACAUGAAACUUUACCUUAUGAUGGAUUGGCAAUUGCAUUGAACCCGAAAGUCGACGAUGCAUUAGUGCAGCUUCAGAAACAGCAAAAGGCGGAUGAGUGGUUAACGCUUGAUCUUAAGUCCGUUUAUGAUGUCACGAGUUCUACCGAGAUUGAGAAAUAUAGAAUCCGUGCAAAGGUCACUGCCAUUGAUACUGAUUGGGGAUGGUAUUACUUUGGUUGCGUUAAAUGUCAACAUCGGGUUUUCAAAGACUUGAAAAAGGAGUCUUCCACCAGACCACGACCAGUUGUUCCUAUUUGGUAUUGUGAUAACUGCAAGACAAACAUCAAAGCGGUUUCACCAAAAUUUAAGCUACAUUUAAUCAUUGAAGAUGAUUCUGGUGAGACUAAGAUAAUGCUGAUGGAUUCUGUUGCUAACGGGAUGGUCAACAAGACAGCUGCAUUCCUACUUAAUGGUUCUACUGAUGAGAUUCAAGACCCGGAACUUCUUCCUGAUUCCAUCAAAGAUUUGGUUGGGAACACUUUCGAUUUCUUGGUGGGUGUAGAGAAGGAGCACAUCAUGUAUGGAAAUGACACCUACAAGGCUCACAAAGUAAAAAAUGGAUAUAUCACGUGCCAUUCUGAUUCAGCCAAUGAGAUCAUUACUGUUGAGGAUGAUCUCUCUCAAAUUCAUUCUGACAAUGAGGCCUCUGUCGUGAAGAGCAAUGGGAUGACACCAUCUCCUAAGCGUAGUAUUGAAGACAGCAACAUAAGAAGUGAGCUCUCUUCCACUUCAAAGAAACAGUGCACCAAGCUCAUCAGCCUAGAAGACGAAAGCAAUGGUGUGGAUGUGAAGACGUUGACCGAGUAG